CGCAAUGUUCAGUUGGCGGCAAAACCCUGGAGCGAGGUCUUCCUGCAUCGGAGGAGCGCCGCAGGAUCAGAGCGUGCGAUCGUGAUGCAGCCCAAGAUCAGUUCCUUCUUCCACAACUCCUCUCCUCCGGCUUCGUCCCCACACCCAUCAGCUUCGCCUUCGCUCCUCCCAGACGACGGCGACUUGGCGCUUUGGGAGAGGACCCAACAUGCGUUCGUCGCGACGUACAAGCGGAGAGCUUCCAAGUCGCUUCGAUCUGAAAUUCCAGAGGAAUCGAGCAGCGGAGGGGUGAUGAAACUUGACUCUGUGGAACCUUGCUUAAACCCAGAAUCAGUAGUAAUCAGUGGAACAAAAGUGGUCAACGGAAACAAGAAACGGAGCUAUGCUCAGUUUCAUCUGGAGUUGGGGCAGUCCGAUUUUCUUCUCCGGACAUGCCCUGAGUGCGGGAUCAAGUACGCUCCUGGGGACGAAGGAGAUGAGAAGGCUCACACAGCAUUUCACAAGAAUUAUACUCAAGGACUACAGUUUAAGGGUUGGUGCAGUGAAAGGGUCAUAAGCACACCUUCCAUUGAACGAGGGCGAAUCAUUAUGGUAUUGGAGAGUGACCCUCCUGCUCAAAGAAACAAGGUACAAGAGGUUGUGAAGAUGAUGGAGGUGGAGCUUGGAUCUGGAUGGAUUUACCAUAAUCAGUGUAAGGUAUAUCUAUUUGUAACUUCUCAGAGGAUUGCUGGAUGUUUAGUUGCAGAACACACAAAAGAGGCAUUUCGAAUCAUCUCCUUUGGAGAGAACCGAAGAACUGAAGGUGCCACCAUGAAGGAUACUAGAGUAAAGUCAACUGCCCUUCAAUUUGGAAAUAUAGUCUUUCAAAGAGAAACGGCCAAAAAAAGCACUUCCUUUAAAAACAGUAAGAAAUUGGAGAACCCACUAAAUGGAGUAGUCUGCUGUGAAAAUGAAGCUGUAUUGGCCAUCUGCGGCAUAAGAGCCAUCUGGGUCACUCCCUCCAAUAGAAGAAAGCACAUAGCCACUCGAUUACUUGAUGCUGCUAGGAGUAGUUUCUGCGCGGGUACUGUUCUUGAGCAUUCUAAGUUGGCAUUCUCUCAGCCGACUUCCGCUGGAAAGGCAUUGGCUUCCUGUUACAUGGGGACUGAACAUUUUCUUGUUUACAAGGCCAACAACUCGGAACCCUGAGCUGUCAUCUUCAUAGUCAAUGAUAGCAUCUAUGCAUUUAAUUGUAACCAUCUGAAUCCACAAUACAUUUGUUCUGUGCUUUUACUGAUUCCAGCUAUUUAAACUCAGAUGGUUCUUUUGGGAUGUUCCCCAUAUGAAAGCACGACAAUUCUUUUCAAUCUCG